AUGAGCGGCACACACACACGACCCGCGCAGACCCGCGCUCCUAUGAGCGGCACACACACACGACCCGCGCAGACCCGCGCUCCUAUGAGCGGCACACACACACUACACGCGCAGACCCGCGCUCCUAUGAGCGGCACACACACACUACACGCGCAGACCCGCGCUCCUAUGAGCGGCACACACACACUACACGCGCAGACCCGCGCUCCUAUGAGCGGCACACACACGCUACACGCGCAGACCCGCGCUCCUAUGAGCGGCACACACACUCUACACGCGCAGACCCGCGCUCCUAUGAGCGGCACACACACGCUACACACGCAGACCCGCGCUCCUAUGAGCGGCACACACACGCUACACACGCAGACCCGCGCUCCUAUGAGCGGCACACACACGCUACACACGCAGACCCGCGCUCCUAUGAGCGGCACACACACGCUACACACGCAGACCCGCGUUCCUAUGAGCGGCACACACACGCUACACACGCAGACCCGCGCUCCUAUGAGCGGCACACACACGCUACACACGCAGACCCGCGCUCCUAUGAGCGGCACACACACGCUACACACGCAGACCCGCGCUCCUAUGAGCGGCACACACACGCUACACACGCAGACCCGCGCUCCUAUGAGCGGCACACACACGCUACACACGCAGACCCGCGCUCCUAUGAGCGGCACACACACACUACACCCGCAGACCCGCGCUCCUAUGAGCGGCACACACACACUACACCCGCAGACCCGCGCUCCUAUGAGCGGCACACACACACUACACCCGCAGACCCGCGCUCCUAUGAGCGGCACACACACUACACACGCACUUCCUACCUACCUCCAAGAGCUUUACACACACAUCCUCACACACCCGCGGACUCGUAGAGCAGACCCAGGCUUUAGAGCUUAUAUUAAACACCGGGAAAAGACACUAAAUACAUACAAACGACAUAACCAGGAAUGA